GUGUGUAGAGUGGCUGCGCGCUCUGACACCCGUGACUCCAGAGUGCGAGCUGGGCUUUCGGCUUUGACAGUCAGUCUUGUCACACAUCGUUUCGAAAGAUGUUGGGUACGGACGACCACAGGGACAAUCUGAAACGGAACGGGACAGGAAUGAAGCGUCCGUUCAGCCCACCCUCUGUGUUAGAGAUGGAGGAGGACAGGAGCGGGUUAGGAGUGGGGAUGGGGUUGUCUGUGGACAGCGAGGUGUGCUGUGACACCCAGGAGGAGGGUGUAGUCCUGGGGGAGCAGCCAGGUCCAGUUGGGGGCGCCCUGCCCUCCUCUGACCAUAGCAGGCCCAAGAGGGAGAGGAAGCAGCGCAGUUACACACUGUGUGACGUGUGUAACAUCCAGCUCAACUCCCCAGCCCAGGCCCAGAUACACUACAACGGCAAGUCUCACCAGAAGAGACUCAAACAGAUAAGCAACGGGAAGAUCCAGCACGGCAACACAGGCACCUCUGCCCAGGGCAACCCCCUCCUGGCCUCCCUGCCUGUCCCGGGACGGCCCCUACAGCCCCACCUCGACCUCAAGCACUUCCUGCCUUUCAGGCUCAAUGGAUCUUCUCCCCUCAGCCUCUUCCCUAACUUCAGCACAAUGGACCCGGUGCAGAAGGCGGUGAUCAACCACACGUUUGGCGUCCCUCAGCCACUCAAGAAGAAACAGAUCAUCUCCUGUAACAUCUGUCACCUGCGCUUCAACUCUCCGAACCAGGCAGAAGCGCACUAUAAGGGGCAUAAACAUGCCCGGAAGCUGAAAGCCAUGGAGGCCCAGAAGAAUCGUCAGCGUCGACUUGGGGAAGCCACGUCCACAGGCAGGGAGAGAGACCGGGAACGAGACCGAGAACGGGACAGGGAGAGAGCUAAGACUGCUGCGACUGUUACACUUCCCACUGAGACCCUCCCCGCACUCAUGGACACAGGCCCGAUGGAGGCAACGAAUCUGCUGCCUGCUGACCUGGAGCGAGUGGUGAAUUGUGAGGCUGUGAAGCAGGGCGAGAGCCCUGGCAGCAGCAGCUCUGUGAUGCUGACUCCUGUAUCUGAGGUGUCCUCCAUGGAGCUGGCCACCCUGUCCCCCGGGCCCCAGGGAGAGGUGUCCCCCUCCUCCCAGGUCUCAGAGAGCGGAGCCUCAGACACCAGUGGCCCCGAGCACGGCCCAGAGGCCCCUGGAACAGCCCUGGAGUCAGGCAGUCAGCCGGACACCUCCAGAACAGAGGGGGGUGAGGAGGUCAAGGACCCUAAGAGGAUCAAGCCACACCUCCACUGUCCCGUGUGCAAGGUCACGGUCAACUCUACAUCCCAGCUGGAGGCACACAACAGUGGUACGAAGCACAAGCAGAUGCUGGAGGGCCAGAGCGUCCAGCCGCGGCGCCGGGGGAAGGUGGCGGGGGCUGGGGGGCGCUCGGCGUGCAAGAGCAAGCGCCUGGGCACCAAGGGCAGCGUGGGGGUGCCCAGCAAGAACUUCCACUGCGAGGUGUGUGAGAUCUAUGUCAACUCGGAGACCCAGCUCAGCCAGCACAUGAACAGCAGGAGACACAAGGACCGUCUGGCAGGAAAGCCCCCCAAACCCAAGUUUAGCCCCCACAACAAGAGCCAGCCCACCUCCAGCUUAUCGAAUGUGAGAUGGGCUGGCUAUGCAGGCGGGGCCGUGUCUGCCAUGAAGAAAAUGUUCAGCCAGUACAACCUCACCUCUCUCUCUACUCAGACCAAACUGGCCUUCCAGAAGCAGCUGACCAAGAGCCUGACCACUGGCUUCCUGCCUAGCCCCCUCACCCAGCCCACCUUGUGCACCAUGGCAACCAAUCCUCUGGCUCUGCGCCACCCGGCGGGCACCACCUUCUUUCAGACGCCCUUCCUGAGCCCCACCUUGUUUCGGCCCGCCCCGGGGCCCCUGAGGGCCACGCACCCCUCCAUCAUCUUCUCCCCUUAUUAAUGACACAGUACAGCCCCCCGUCCCUCUGUCCCCCUCUACCAACCCUCUUGCCCUGCCUCCAUUACUGUGACCUACAUGACGAGGGCCACGCCACGCACAAACUAUGCAGACCACAGGAGCCAGGAUGGAGAGAACGAGGCUAACAACUGCUCCUGUCAUGGAGGACACACCCCCAAGGACAAAGCCCCGCCUCUUCUCCACCACGCCCCAUCUGUCUGCUCCUUCUCCUGUGGUUGGUGGCCUGAGGAACAGGACACACCUCUAGGGACAGACUGGUGCAGCCAGGAGGCCUCUCUCUUACACAGCCAUUUCAUGGGUCGAUUUGGUUUGGAUUCUUAAUAUUAUUGUGUAAUUUAUUAGAGAACAAAAAUAGAUGUAUCUGUUUAGUGUGAUUGCCACAAAUAAGGCCCCUUUACGUCAUGCUACUACUCAGAACAUUGUUUCUAUUAUUGGUUGGCUUGCUUUUUGUUGUUGUGGGUCGAUAUAGGGGAGGUGAGGUGAGCCCAAUGCUCUCUGAGCUUGUGACUGUCUUCAGCCAUAUGUGGAGCUGCAGAUCUGCAGGCCUACGGACCCAAGUCUAUGAGUGGGAUCUGUCAGAAUUAUAUGAACUCAUAUUUUUCCACCAAGCCCCUCUCUCCCAAACCCUGUUACUGGGCUCUUGUCAUUGGAACCCAGAGCUCUGAAUUGAUGUGCAGAAUAGAUGCUGAAGCCCUUUCUCUCUCUCCCUCUCUCUCUCUUUCUCUCACUCUCUUUGAGUCACAGCCCAACAUGGCCUUUCAUAAUUCAUUUUUUACCCUGCAUCCCCAGAAUUAAGCACUCAUUAAGGUUCUGAAAAGGUCAGCUUGUCAACUUGAUUUUGUCUCAAGUUGCAGAUCUGCCUCAUUAAAGAUCUUUGCUCCGUAGCAGCGCUGGUGCAUUGGUUCUGACUGUCUCUAUUUCUCCCGUUGCGGAACGGGCAGCACAAAAUAAUUUUUAAAAGCCUGGCUGUCUUAUAUUGUAAUCUGCCAUGGUUCCCUGUAUCCCAGUGAUUUUAGUGUUUGAUCCCCCAAUUGUACUCCCUGAGCCAUAGUCCUUAAUUUUCUCUUGAGCUAUCUCAGCUGGAGCUGGUGGGUAGCAGUGAAUGACAAUUUCCCCUUGCUCAAAAAAAACAAACACUAAGGGGUGGAAAUUACUUGAUGGGUUUACAAUCCUCAAUUAAAGGUUUCCACUGUGCAGAGAGAUGUGUGGAUGAUGAGGGGUGUGAGAACACAUUUCCCAGAUCACUGAUUGGAUCAUCAGGAAUGAAGGGGGGAAAAAAACAAAGCACAGUGCCAUGGCAACCACAUUAAAAGCACCUUAAACAUAUUUACUUAUGAAAGCAAUGAAAAUAUGUUCUAGUUUUUUGUUGUUAUUCCUGGUGUGAUUUUUCAUAAACUCGUGCCAGUUUGAUUUAGCAUUUUUCAAUCACACAAACAAUCAACUUAUAACGAUUCAAUUUUAUUGUUGUUGUUAUCCAUGAGACGGGUCUGAAUCUAAAUCUCAGAUCUAGUUACAUUUUUAAAGCAAUACGUUCAAUCAAUGUGUCUAUGUUUAGAACGGUUAUACAGUAAGAGAAUAUAGGAUGUGAGGAGGUGGCUUUAUCUGAUUCUGAACAAUGUAUCUGUACCCCUACAGAGAUGCUCUACAGCCUACCGUACUGUAUUUGAAAGGCAAAUUCCAAGUGGCCAGUGCUAAAAGUCAUUUGAACUGAUGGGUUGUUGUGAUGCGAUUUUCCUUGAUGGUCAAUCUCAUUCUCAUGUUGUGACUGUGUGUUGAGCUAAGCUAUAAAUAGCAGCUCUCAUACUGUGGGAUGGAUGCUUCGGCCCUCUCUCUGUGUUGACGUUGCUGGGCUUUCACCUUACAGAGGAGCAGGACACAGCUAUUAUAUGGAUUACACAGAACAGCCAGUGUUAUUGAUGUCUCAAGUGCAGUAGAACACAUCAUAUUCCCAUACCCCUCUCUCCUAAACAAGUAGACCCACCUUGAAACAGACACUCAAUAGCCCCCACCAGACCCGACCCAAUACUUGGGGCUCCUGAUUUAUCCCAACACCAACUCUCUUUGCUGGUUUAUUACCAAACCCAACACUUACACCCAACCAGUCUACUUUAGCAACAGCAAAAUGGGGAAAAUUCUAUGCAGUUUUGUUGUUCCCUUCAGUUCAGUCAGUGCAAUAGUAUUUCCAUGUGUGUGACGCAGCAGCGCCACCUGCAGUGAAGACCAUGUUAUUGCCCAUCUAGAUCAAACCCAGCACUGUCUCUCCUCCAUCUUUUUAAAUCUCUUUGAUUCUGUACAUGUUUCUGAGGCCUUUGUCUUUGGGAAUAUGAAACCAAGCCAUCAGGUCUCUUUGCCAUACCAAUGUGAUUCUCUCCAGUCACAGUAAGUUACUCAGUGAACCAGCCAGCCUAUUGAUCUCCAGUGUUCUGUCUGUCUGUCUGAAUGUCUGUCUAUCAUUACAUGGGAACUCUAUGGUAUUCAGACGUUUAAGGACAUUUGUAAUAAAUAAAUGCAUAUAGAGAAGGCAAAUGAUCUAUGUAGAAAAUAUAGUAAAUAUAGACAUUUUAUCAAAGUUGCUAUUGUUAUCUUUAUCUUGAUGAAAUACUAUCUUAGCUGAGGGUAGAAUGUUGAUGUAGGCUACAGCAGACACACGCUGUACAUGGAAAGGAGAAAUACUUUGCUUGUUUUGUUCUGUUUGUUUCAUUUACAUGGUUUUACUGUACUUGUUUUUUAACCUACAAAAGAGACAAAUGUUGAAUCGAAAAAUGGUUGAGUGAUUUUUUUUCCCCUUCUUGUUCAAAGUUGAACUGAAUUAUGGAGUUGAAUUAUUAACGCCACACAGUAGAUGUGGAACAAAAAAAUGCCUUUCAGAUAUAUCCCAAGAGUGUCAACCGCUGGUCAGUUUCCGGCUUUCUCAGGGCUUACAGUUUCAGCUACAUCAAUACCAUACAAUCAUCCGCACAAUCAGAGCCUCUCAAAACGUCAUCACUGUGGAGACGGGUCAUACACUGUACUUGUGGAUGACGUGAAAUAAUAGCCAUAUAGAACAGGAUUGAAGAAGUUUUGACGUAAGAUGUCCACACACGGAAUAUGACGAUCAUACAGGAGGACAUUGUGGUGUGUCCGUGUUUCUCUUUUUCACUCCUCCGUCCCUGUGCACAGCCAAGGGAACCACGGACAGUAGACCAGCCCAGAUACAGAGCUCAGUCCUGGGUAUGAUAAGGGCUCUGUCCCCUUAUUAUAGAAAGAGACAACAUGGAUUAAACAAAGCACUCUGAUCACAUUCUCUUCAAUUGCAGUGUGGUGAAAUGUCACUUAUCUAUCAGUCUACCAGUGACCAAUUUCUUUCAAUAAAAGAACAUGUGCUGUAUGUAAUGGCAGGCUAUGAAACUACAAGGCAGCCAUGUUGACUGAGGCUACUGCCGGUGAGGUGGGAGGAGCUGGCGUUUCUCAAAACAGAGUUUCCUGGUAUAGGAUCUGCAUAUCACUGACGUCAAAGCACAGCUCUCAUUUCCCCCUAUUUUAGAAAUUAGUCUUCACAGCAGGCAUUCAACACUGCAAAGAUAAUCGCAUGAAGGCGAAUGGAGAAAGGUGUCUAACCCCAUCCGAGUCCUGCCUCAUUAGCCCUGUUUAUACCUGGUUCCAACCUGCUGCCUUUGUCCUGAUCUUGUUCACGUUCUGAUUGUGCCCACAUUUUUAGACAAGUGUAGACAAUUAAAAGACGCAUUGUGAUCAGAUCUUAUACGUGUAAACAGACAUGAUCGGGUCAAGAUCAGGACAAGAUCAGGACGAAGGUCGCAUGUUAACAGCAGGUAUAAACAGGGCUAUUGACACAGAAAAGAGUGGCAUGCUGAGGAUCAACAGUCUGGAUGAUAAUCUGGAUUAUCUGCACAAUAUUCACACCCAGAUGGUUUCAGUGGGCAUAACAUCAUACUCUGGACAGGCUCCAGCUAAUGGAGAGAGAUUAGGUUCUGAACAAUAUCAUGGAAUGGUACUGGAUUCUGGACCACCAACACAGCUCAGCUCAGCGCUGUUCUUCACAGCUUUUCUCUGUCCUUCGUGUACAAAGCGGGUCCUGUGUCAUGUGCUCUUGUUGUCUGAACUGAAGCCAGAGUCAGUCUCUUGCCAUAAUGACGCCAAUCAUCAAAGGCGCGUCUGUCUGGAGAAUCUUCUGGACUGUAAUGAACUGUAACAAGCAUACCAUAAUGAUGUGAAUUUAAUUAAAUCAGCUAUUCAUUUGUUAGCUUCA